AUGGCGGCAGCGUCGUUCAGAUACUUGGUGCAGCUACACAAGGACGUCCCAAAAGCGGCGAGAUUCUACUCCGAGGGCUUGGGUUUCACCAUUAAAGUUUGCACCCUCCGGUGGGCCGAGCUCAGCUCCGGCGAGCUCAGGCUCGCUCUCUUGCAUUCUCCCAGCGAAAAUGUCGAGCAGAAGGGCUAUUCAUCUCUGCUAUCAUUUACAGUUAGCGAUAUCAAUAGUACCGUGACAAAAUUGAUGAGCUUGGGUGCAGAAUUGGAUGGUCCGAUUAAGUACGAAAUCCAUGGAAAGGUAGCAGCAGUGCGAUGUGCCGAUGGGCACGUGUUAGGCCUUUACGAGCCAGCUUAG